AUUUAGCAGCGCACGCGCACGCACACGAACGCGCCGUGCAGCAUCAGCAGGCAGCAGCAGCAGCUUCCUCCUCCUCCUCCUCAUCUUCACCGACGACACCGCACGCUCCGCUUGCUCGUCUCGCCGGCGCCAUGUCGUACAACCAUUCGCCGUCCAUCACCGCAGAGACCAUAAACCAGAAGGUCAGGAUCUUCACCUACGAGCCAUGUGGGGAGAUUGUCCGCCACGCACGGCGGUUAGAGAAGGAGAUAUACGAAAAUCCAGGCUCUCUCCCUUUUCAAGAGAUAAUAUACUGCAAUCUUGGGAACCCUCAGGCUCUUGGCCAACGACCAAUCAAUUUCUUUCGCGAGGUUCUUUCUCUGUGUGACAAUCCAUCUCUCAUAGACAGAGACGAAGCUCGUGCAUUAUUCAGGUUGGACCAAAUAGACAAACAUCCAUGUGCGCUAAAACGAGCCAGGAAGAUUAUUGAAUCACUUCCAGGCAGAGAUUCUGGUUCCUAUACUAGUAGUCAGGGAGUCAGAGGUUUGCGUGAAGCAGUUGCUGAUGGAAUAGCUGCCAGAGAUGGUUUUCCAUCAAAACCAGAUAACAUUUUUCUGACAGAUGGAGCAAGUUCAGCAAUCAACAUGAUGAUGCAAAUACUCAUCAGGUCCCAUGAAGAUGGCAUUUUGUGCCCGCUGCCUGAAUAUCCCUUAUACUCUGCUUCUAUUAUUCUUCAUGGUGGAACAAUGGUACCGUAUAAUCUUACUGAAGACAGUAUUUGGGGGCUUGAGAUUUUCGAAGUCAAGAGGUGUUUAGAGGACGCCCGUGCAUCGGGUUUGACUAUUAGAGCUAUGGUGGUCAUAAAUCCCGGCAAUCCUACUGGCCAGGUACUGUCUAUAACCAACCAGGAGGAGAUUGUGGAAUUCUGUAGGAAAGAAGGGUUGGUUAUUCUUGCUGAUGAGGUAUACCAAGAAAAUGUCUAUACAGAGAAUAAGAGGUUCAAUUCCUUCAAAAAGGUGGCCAGAUCACUUGGUUAUGAUCACCAUGACCUCUCUAUAGUGUCAUUUCACUCGGUCUCUAUGGGAUACUAUGGAGAAUGUGGUAGAAGGGGAGGCUACAUGGAGAUUUGUGGUUUUGGAGAUGAUGUGAUCGAUGAGAUGUACAAGUUGGCUUCUCUAACUAUUUGUCCCAACAUAGCUGGCCAAAUCCUUAUCAGCCUUGUUAUGGAUCCACCUAAGCUAGGGGAUGAGGCUUUUGAGAUUUUCAUGGUCGAGAAGGAAGAGACUUAUUCAUCUCUACUCAAGCGCGCAAAGGCUUUGCAGAAAGCGUUCAACGGUUUGGAAGGCGUGUCGUGUAACAAGUUCGAGGGAGCCAUGUACCUCUUCCCACGGCUGCGCCUGCCACAGGCGGCGAUCAAAGCGGCGCAGCUGGAGGGCGUCUCCCCCGACGUGUUCUACGCGCACCGCCUGCUCGACGCCACGGGGAUCGCCGUCGUCCCAGGCUCUGGAUUUCACCCAGUCUCCGGGACAUCGCACAUCCGGUGCACCAUCCUCCCCGGCGAGGAGACGAUCACGGCGAUGGUUCCCAGCCUCCAGGCGUUCCAUGAGGCGUUCAUGGACGAGUUUCGCGGCUGAUCGAUUGAGCUUCGUGAAGCAACAGAAUUUGGCAGAUCACAAGAUCGGCAGCUGUGCCAUGCCUUGAGUUACACAGGAGAUACAGCUAGCGGAGCUGUUGCUUGUCGUCUGGCUUGCUUAGCUUCCUGUUUGUGUAAUGUCCAUCGGUCCAUUGGACUCCAUGCAUGUGUGCCGUAUUAUAACUGCAAGUGCGUUUUAGUUAUGCGCCUAUAUGCAAAACUCGUGGAAUUGGUGUUAGUGUUUGAUCAGUUUGUUACUAUGAUGUAAGGAGUUAUCAGACUACGAUCUAGUACUGUAUGGCUGUAAUAAUCAAGUAAUCAACUACCCCUUGAGGGACAAGUCCUAUUUGUAUUGUAUUACA